GCAAGAAAAUAUCAGACAAAAACGAUUAUUCUGGGUCCAUUUUUCAAAGGUUUUUUAAAUACGCACCGUUUAGUCAAAGCGAUAAUGGGGAAAUUUCUUCGACGACUUUCUCGAGAAACAAGUAUUCAGAGAGAGUGGGUUCGAGAGAAAAAAAAAAAAAAGGGAAACCAAACCCUAAUCGAGCUUCUCUUCUCGGAAAUGUCGCACUUCCGCCACUUUUGACUCCUCCGUUCAUCCGCGGCGAUCUGAAUCACCAUCAAUCUGAUUUCGUUUCUGUGUAAAGAAAGGAAUGGAUCAAUAUGGGAUUCCAGUACAGAGAAAAGAGAUGAAGCAUAAGGGGAGAAAUGUUGUAUGGUCUGUUGGAAUGGAUAAGUGUUUGAUUGAAGCUUUGGCUCUCCAGGCUAAAAACGGGAACAAAGUCGACAAAUGUUUCAACGAUAACGCAUACACUGCUGCUUGUGUUGCCGUUAAUGCUCGUUUCAAUCUUAACUUGACUAGCCAGAAAGCAAUCAAUCGCCUCAAGACCAUCAAGAAAAGGUACAAAGUGAUGAGAGAUAUACUUAGUCGGGACGGAUUCUGGUGGAACUCAACCACUAAAAUGAUCGAUUGCGAAAGUGAUGAGCUCUGGAGAAGAUAUAUUGCUGUAUACCCAGACGCAAAAGCAUUUAGGGGAAAGCAAAUUGAGAUGUACGAAGAACUUAGAACAGUAUGCGGUGACUAUCAAACUCCAGGUAAAUAUAACAAAGUUAAGAAGGAAAGCAGUCAUCAUCUUAACCGCUUUGAAGAAGACUCUGUUUCAUUCCCUUUAGCAGCAAGUUCUGAAGAACAUAGCGAUACAGAUGGAACAGAGUCAUACGCAGGAGCAAGUGAGUAUAUCCAUGAAGAGUCUCAAGAUCUUCCUCCUCCUCCUCGAGAUCCUUUAAGACGACCUUUUAAACGUUCUCGAAACUCGGAUCCAUUUCAAGAAGCAAUGUUAGCGCUUGCUUCUAGCAUUCGCCGCCUAGCUGAUGCAGUGGAUCAAAGCAAAACUUUGAUUAACACAGAGGAAUUGUUGGAAGCAGUGAUGGAGAUUGAUGGAUUGGAAGAAGCAAAACAGAUGUAUGCAUUUGAGUAUCUGAAUAGUGAUCCAGUCAAAGCUAGAGCUUUCAUGGCUUAUAAUAAUAGGAUGAGGAAGAUGUUUUUGUUGCGGCAGUUUUGGUGGUGGAAGUAAAAUAUUGGUUUGCUUCUAUGGCCUAAAGAAUCCUCCUCUUCUUUUUGGGUAAUGUAGAUGUCUUUUGAAGUUUGUAUUUGUUAAUGUUAAAAGUUGGAAAUAUUUGUUGAGGCCAAUUUGGUUUUGUUGUGAAGUCAUUUCGUCUA